AACACAACGGCUUUCGGCGUCGGUACAAGACGGGUCAAGGCCGAAACCGUUUCCGAUCAGCCCAAGAAGAAAAACCCCAACGCGGACGCUACGAUCAUUUCCAUUCGAUCCAUCAACCGAACGAGAGAUCCGAUAAAACUCUUCACCGCUUCCCCUCAACUUCCUCGUCAGUCUUCUCACCGCUCGACUGUUCUCAUCUGCUUUCGGCGUUUCGUCGCCGGCGAUCGCCAUGUGUUCUGAUCGCGUUCCCGGACCUUAUUUAUUCGUUCAUCGGUCGUGAAAAUCGACGGAGCAUCGAUCACCCGCAUUGCCCAAGCAGCAAGAAAGAUGAGUAGCGGGAGGCAUAUCUUUUCGGUAGACACGCUCGAAAGGUACGCGGCCAAGGGUCAUGGCGUAAUUACGUGUAUGGCCGCAGGGAACAACGUCAUCGUGAUCGGGACGAGCAAGGGUUGGCUUAUCAGGCAUGAUUUCGGAGGCCUAGAUUCUUACGAUCUGGAUCUUUCGUCCAGCAGAAUGGGAGAUCAACCUGUACACAGUGUGUUCCUGGAUCCUGGUGGCAGUCAUUGUAUAGCAACUGUCCUUUGCACUGGAGGAGCUGAGACAUUCUACAUACAUGCAAAAUGGCGCAAGCCUCGAAUCCUUGCCAAACUGAAGGGGCUCAUGGUUAAUGCUGUUGCUUGGAACAGGCAACAGAUAACAGAAGCUUCUACAAGGGAAGUGAUUCUUGGGACUGACAGCGGUCAACUUUAUGAGGUUUUUGUGGAUGAAAAAGAGAAGAGGGAGAAGUAUCUGAGGUCGCUUUAUGAACUUUCUGAGCUUCAAGAGCCAUUCAUGGAUCUCCAGAUGGAAACAACUGGUACGAAUAAUGCAACUAGAUACUAUGUUAUGGCUGUUACUCCUACCAGGCUUUAUUCGUUUACUGGUAUGGGGGCUCUUGAUGUCGUAUUUAGCCGUUACAUAGACCGAGCUGUGCAUUUUAUGGAGCUUCCUGGGGAGAUACCAAACAGUGAACUUCACUUCUUUAUCAAGCAAAGGAGAGCUGAACAUUUUGCUUGGCUUUCUGGGGCAGGAAUUUAUUAUGGAGGCCUGAAUUUUGGAUCACAGCACAGUUCAAGCAAUGGUGAUGAAAAUUUUGUUGAGAACAAGGCCCUUUUGGACUAUUCAAAACUGGGGGAAGUUGGAGAAGCCAUUAAACCAAGGUCCCUCGCAAUGACGGAAUUUCAUUUUCUGCUCCUUAUCAACAAUAAGGUUAAGGUUGUUAAUAGGAUUAGCCAGCUCAUAAUAGAGGAAUUGCAGUUUGACCAUUUACUAGAGUCAGCAGCAAGUGGGAUUAUUGGGUUGUGCAGUGAUGCUACUGCUGGAGUAUACUAUGCCUAUGAUCAAAACUCUAUAUAUGAGGUUUCAGUACAUGAUGAAGGUCAGGAUAUGUGGCAAGUUUUUCUGGACAUGAAGGACUACACUGCUGCUUUGGCACACUGUAGGAAUUCAUACCAAAGGGAUCAAGUAUUCUUGGUACAGGCUGAAGCUGCUUUUUCAGCAAAAGAUUUUUUGAGAGCAGCGUCCUUCUAUGCCAAGAUGAAUUAUAUUUUAUCAUUUGAAGAAAUUUCUUUGAAGUUCAUUGGUGCUGGAGAACAGGAUGCUUUAAGAGCCUUUUUGUUGUGGCGGCUUGACAAUCUCCCAAAGGAAGAUAAAUGCCAAAUUACUCUGAUUUCCACCUGGGCUUCUGAGUUGUACUUGGACAAGAUCAAUAGGCUAUUAUUGGAGGACGAUGCAGGAGUUGGCAGUGACACAGUAGAAGGUGUAUCUUCUGAGUACCAAACUACCGUAAGGGAAUUCAAGGCUUUCCUUAGUGAUUGCAAAGAUGUUUUGGAUGAAGCUACAACUGUACGGCUAUUAGAGAGCUAUGGUAGAGUAGAUGAAUUGGUCUAUUUUGCUAGUCUGAAGGGGCGGUAUGAGACUGUGGUUCAUCAUUAUAUCCAGCUAGGGGAAGCAAGAAAGGCCUUGGAGGUGCUGCAAAAACCAAGCGUUCCUGUGGAACUACAGUACAAAUUUUCACCAGAUCUCAUAAUGCUUGAUGCAUAUGAGACUGUUGAAGCGUGGAUGACAACAAACAACUUGGAUCCAAGGAGAUUGAUCCCAGCAAUGAUGCGCUAUUCUAGUGAACCACAUGCCAAAAAUGAAACACAUGAAGUCAUCAAGUAUUUAGAAUUCUGUGUCCAUCGGUUGCAAAAUGAGGAUCCAGCAGUGCACAAUUUGUUGCUUGCAUUGUAUGCAAAGCAGGAUGAUGAAAGUGCAUUAUUGCGGUUUCUUCAAUGCAAAUUUGGUAAAGGUCGAACAACUGGGCCUGAUUACUGUUAUGAUCCUAAGUAUGCACUUAGACUGUGCCUCAAAGAGAGGCGAAUGCGUUCAUGCAUUUACAUUUAUGGCAUGAUGGGAAUGCAUGAAGAAGCUGUGGCUCUUGCUUUGAGGGUGGAUCCUGAGCUUGCAAUGGCAGAAGCAGAUAAGGUUGAAGAUGAUGAGGACUUGAGGAAGAAACUUUGGCUUAUGGUAGCAAAGCAUGUCAUCGAACAGGAAAAGGGAUCGAAAAGGGAGAACAUACGGAAAGCUAUAGCAUUUCUGAAGGAAACGGAUGGUCUUCUAAAGAUAGAAGACAUUUUACCUUUUUUCCCUGACUUUGCUCUCAUUGAUGAUUUCAAAGAGGCUAUCUGUUCAUCAUUAGAGGACUACAAUAAGCAAAUAGAACUGCUGAAGCAGGAGAUGAAUGAUGCAACACAUGGUGCUGAUAAUAUAAGAAGUGAUAUUAGUGCCCUUACUCAGAGAUAUGCUGUCGUCGGUCCUGAUGAAGAGUGUGGGGGAUGUGGGCGCAAGAUUUUGAUAGCAGGAAAUUCAACAAGAUCAAGGGGUUAUGCACCUGUUGGGCCAUUGGCACCGUUUUAUGUCUUUCCUUGUGGUCAUGCCUUCCAUGCACAAUGCCUCAUUGCUCAUGUCACCAGAUGCACUGACCGCACACAGGCAGAAUAUAUUCUAGAUUUACAGAAGAGGCUCACUCUCUCGGGUAACCAAGGGCAGAAGGAUGCUGCUGGUAUAGUUGAUGACUCCACGUCCAUUGCUACUAGCAUGAGCCCUUUAGAAAAGAUGCGGUCCCAACUAGAUGAUGCCAUAGCUAGCGAGUGCCCUUUCUGCGGUGAUUUGAUGAUUAGAGAGAUCUCGCUGCCUUUUAUUCUUCCUGAGGAGGCAGAGUCAGUGGCAUCAUGGGAGAUUAAGCAGCAGCUAGGAAGCCAGAAAAGCAUACCUAUAGCAAUCUAAUGUCGUUUGUUUUCAUGGCUCUAUGAAUUUGCACAUAGGUAAACAUACCUUUAUGUGCAUAUUUAGGCACGUACAUGCAUCCGAUGUAUGUAUAAAAUGUAAUUGCUUCGUGUCCUAGUCGGUUGUUCCUAUACCCCCUGGCUUCCAGAGAUAUCUUUCGAUGACCUUGGCAUUGCGUCAAGGAGCUGAAGCUGUGUACAUGUUCUCCAUGUGGCUGGGGAAAAAACGGAACUCCGCAUUUUCAAAAUUCCCCUGGCUUUUCUCAUUUUUGUUUGAUAUAUUUUGAAUGUUGUACUUUGUGUAUAUGAAAUUAAACGGAGGUUGAGACGGAUUGGUCAUCGUAUAGAAUCCAUGCUUGCCAUGUGUUUGUUUUUUCA